GAGGUAGGUGUGAUAUGGAGAGAGGGAGCGAGACAGAGACACAGAAAGAGAGAGAGAGAGAUGGAGACACACACACACACACACACACACACACACACACAGAGGGUGUAUGACCUGUGACGCGAAAGGAGCCUCCUCAUUGGAGCGCGUGGCGCGGCAGAGAGAGAGAGGACAGGGGGUUUAUUUGUUGCCAUAGUGAAAAAGUAGAUUACCCACCGCGAGCAUGAUGCCCUGAUGGACGCGUGAGGGGAUGCUGUGUUUCUCCAGGAGCAUUCACCUGUCCUGCAAGCAAAGGUUGCACUGCUGCACCUGUCUCAGCUGUUGCAGUGAUGGUCCCGCCUUGAAAUCCGAAGGACAGAAAGACAAGUCAGAAGAAGGGAAUAUAUUGAAAUCGUCUAUUUUCAAAAACUCUGUGCCACAAGCUCUUGCCAUGGCCAGGAGAAGUGUUUCUCGGACGAGUAGAUUCCUGUGACGGCUCUAAGCAACAAAUUUGAGAUCGUCUCCUCCUUUGUGACCUUAACGGAUCAAGAUGAUGCUUCAUCUGCUGCUAGUUCUGUCAGUUUGGGUGUGGCCCGAUCAAGUCGACUCUGCCCAGUCCAACGAACGGCGAGUUGUAGCACACAUACCUGGUGACAUCAUCAUCGGAGCGCUGUUCUCUGUCCAUCAUCAGCCUCCUGCUGACAAGGUGCAUGAGCGCAAGUGUGGCGCGGUGCGAGAGCAGUAUGGCAUCCAGAGGGUGGAGGCCAUGAUGCACACACUGGACCGCAUCAACCUUGAUCCACAGAUCCUUCCCAACAUCAGUUUGGGCUGUGAGAUACGGGACUCCUGUUGGCACUCAGCUGUGGCUCUGGAGCAGAGCAUCGAAUUCAUACGGGAUUCGCUGGUCUCUUCUGAUGAGGCCGAGGAGUGGGGCGGAGGAGGUUCCUGGGGAGGGGGUGGAGGUGGAGGAUCGACGAUGAAGUGUGCAGACCCCUCUGCCACUCCAAUGCGGGGGAAGAAACCCAUUGUGGGCUUAAUAGGACCGGGGUCAAGUUCAGUGGCCAUCCAGGUUCAGAACCUUCUACAGCUGUUCAACAUACCACAGAUUGCCUACUCUGCCACCAGUAUGGACCUCAGUGAUAAGAGCCUUUUUAAGUAUUUUAUGAGGGUGGUGCCUUCAGAUGCCCAGCAGGCUAGAGCUAUGGUGGACAUUGUCAAGAGAUACAACUGGAGCUACGUGUCUGCUAUACACACCGAAGGCAACUAUGGUGAAAGUGGGAUGGAAGCGUUCAAGGACAUGGCAGCCAAGGAGGGCAUCUGCAUCGCCCACUCUGGCAAAAUCUGGAGCAAUGCUGGAGAGCAGAGCUUUGACCGGCUGCUGGAGAGACUGAGGGCCCAUCUGCCUAAGGCCCGGGUGGUGGCAUGUUUCUGUGAGGGCAUGACUGUCCGCAACAUCCUGAUGGCCAUGAGGCGCCAGGGACUGGUAGGAGAGUUCCUGCUCAUCGGCAGUGAUGGAUGGGCGGACCGGUAUGAUGUAACAGAUGGCUAUGUUAGGGAAGCGGCCGGUGGCAUUACCAUCAAGCUCCAGUCGGCUGAUGUGAAGUGGUUUGAUGAGUACUACCUUAAACUUCGCCCUGAGAACAACCUCAGGAACCCUUGGUUCCCCGAGUUCUGGCAGCAUCGUUUCCACUGUCGACUUAAAGGCCACCCACAGGAGAACAGCAAAUACAACCGCACCUGUAGCAAGCGGGAGUCGCUUCGGCAGCAGUAUGCACAGGACACUAAGAUGGGGUUUGUCAUUAAUGCCAUCUACUCUAUGGCAUAUGGCCUGCAUAACAUGCAACGGGCACUCUGCCCAGGCUAUCAGGGCCUCUGCGAUGCCAUGCGACCUAUAGAUGGUGCCACACUGCUGGACUUUCUGAUGAAAACCAACUUCACAGGCGUGUCAGGGGAGGGAAUCUUAUUUGAUGAGAACGGAGACUCACCUGGCAGGUAUGAAAUAAUGAACUUCAAAAAGAUGGGGAAGGACUACUACGACUACAUUAAUGUUGGCAGUUGGGAUAACAGAGGCUUGAAGAUAGAUGAUGAUGAAAUUUGGCCAAACAAAGAAUCCAUUAUCAAGUCAGUCUGCAGUGAACCCUGUGACAAAGGACAAAUUAAGGUGAUCCGUAAAGGUGAGGUGAGCUGCUGCUGGACGUGCACUCCCUGCAAAGAAAAUGAGUUUGUGUUCGACGAGUACACCUGUCGAGCCUGUGAACUGGGCUCUUGGCCAACUGAUGACCUCACAGGCUGUGACUCAAUCCCAGUGGAGUACCUGCGUUGGGGAGACCCCGAACCCAUUGCUGCUGUGGUCUUUGCCUGCCUCGGGCAAAUGGCCACAUUCUUUGUCACUGCAGUCUUUAUCAGGUUCCGGGACACCCCAGUCGUGAAAUCCUCCAGUAGGGAGCUGUGCUACAUCAUUCUGGCAGGGAUCUGCCUGGGAUACCUGUGUACCUUCAGCCUCAUAGCCAAACCUCACGUCAUCCAUUGCUACCUCCAACGACUGGGAAUAGGCCUGUCACCUGCCAUGAGCUACUCUGCACUUGUCACCAAGACAAACCGCAUCGCUCGGAUCCUGGCAGGCAGCAAGAAGAAGAUCUGUACAAAGAAACCUCGCUUCAUGUCUGCGUGCGCUCAGCUCAUCAUUGCCUUCCUCCUCAUACUGCUGCAGCUGAGCAUCAUCGUGGCUCUCUUUCUCAUGGAGCCACCUGAGGUGAUCCAUGACUAUCCCAGCAUCCGCCAGGUCAACCUCAUUUGCAACACCACUAACCUGGCCGUGGUUGCCCCGCUGGGAUACAACUGCCUGCUCAUACUCAGCUGCACCUUCUAUGCCUUCAAGACACGCAACGUCCCUGCUAAUUUCAACGAGGCAAAGUACAUUGCCUUUACCAUGUACACCACCUGUAUUAUCUGGCUGGCCUUUGUACCCAUCUACUUUGGUUCCAACUACAAAAUCAUCACCAUGUGCUUCAGUGUCAGCCUCAGUGCCACUGUGGCUCUGUGCUGCAUGUUCGUACCCAAGGUGUACAUCAUUCUAGCCAAACCAGAGCGUAACGUGCGCAGUGCCUUUACCACCAGCACGGUGGUGCGCAUGCACGUGGGCGAUGGAAAAUCGUCGUCAGCCGCCAGCCGUUCUUCAAGUCUGGUCAACCUGUGGAAACGCAGAGGGUCUACUGGAGAGACACUCAGCUCCAAUGGUAAAUCGGUGUCUUGGGCGCAGACGGAGCGCAGCGGUUCACGUGGCAACCACCUCUGGCAGCGGCUGUCCUUCCACAUCAAGAAGAAGGAGAACAAUCAGACUGCCGUCAUCAAGCCCUUCUCUAAAACUUCUGAGGAGCGUUACUGUGGAGGGGGAGACAUGCCCCCGCACAUCCCUCUGCCCUCCCUCCCCUCCAUGUCGUCCCUGCCCAGUCAUCCUGACUCCGUCACAGACAAGACCCUCUAUGAGCUGUCUGAAGCAGAGGAGCGAUACUCGAUCACCUACCGGCCGCAGACGCCUUCGCCGAUCAGCACGGUCAGCCAGAGGCUCGGGGCAGGUUUUGUGGAGGAGCCUCAGAUGACUGCUAUUCCACAGUACCCGAGCAGCAUCUGCAGCAGUGGUAGCGGCAGCAGUUGUGGUCCUUCCAGCAGUGGCUCCGGUGUCGCCGGGAGUGACGGUCGAUUGGUUGCCAUGGACGAUCGCCCGGGAGUGCCCCAGAGUUCACUGAUGGAUCAGAUCAGCUGUGUGGUGAACCGCUUCACGGCCAACAUCACAGAGCUCAAUAGCAUGAUGCUGUCACCCUCUCCGACGCACUCGCACACCACGCACAAACACACACCUCCUUCGCCUCACCCCACUGACCCAUACCUGUUGCCCCGUGAAAUCCAGAUGCCCCCGACCCUCACCACCUACGCUGACGUCCAGCCCCUCCCACCCGUGGAGUCCAGCUUGGGGGGCCGGGGUGGCUGUCUGGCUCACCCUAUGCCUCAUUCACCUUACCCCCUGCCACCUCCUCACCCCCAGGCCUCCCCAUCUCUUUCCCCAAUGCGAGGAGGACUGAUCACCUGCCUCGCUGACUCCCCUCUGAGGAGGGCGGAGUUGGAAGAUGAGCUCAUUGCUUUGACUCCGCCGUCGCCUUUCCGCGAUUCCCUGGCAUCUAGUAGUGGCUCACCUAUCUCAGAGACAGGUCUGUGUCUCCCCCCAGUCCCCUCCCAUCCUCCCCCUUCCCCCCCUUCGCCCAGGUACAGCAGACUGACGCUCAGAAACUACAGCCAGAGUUCAUCCUCACUGUGAGGCAGAGAUGACGAGUAAAGAAAACACAGAAGCGAAGGGGAGCACUCGGCUAACAUGAGAAAAGAGGAUGGAGAGAUUGAAAUCCAUUCGUCCCUUCAUGGAGUAAAAACCUGAAGUAAAGGAGUCAUGGACGGCUGGUUUGUGAAGACACCAAGCUGUGACAGUCUUGCUGUGUUUGUGUUUACAUGUUUGCGGUGAGAUGCAAGUAUAAAAAGCUUGCCCACGUUGUGUUUCCUUAGUGCUGUUUCUCACAAGUGGAGUGUGAGGAGUUGAAAAACUAUAACUCUGCAGUGUUUUGGUGUCAAUUUUGGUAAAGUCAGAAAGGUCUAGAGCGACGUGUCAGUUAGGUUUGGGUAGUGGCCUUAAGGUAACAUGGCUAUCAACUAAUUAGAGAUUGUGUGUGUGUGUGUGUGUGUGUGUGUGUGUGUGUGUGUGUGUGUGUGUCUGAGUGUGUCUGAGUGUGUCUGAGUGCAGGGGUAUAGUUUUGCUGUAUCUUAGGUAAUGAGUGGUACUGUAAUUGCAUCAUGUCAGCGAAGAGUGUUGAUGAGGUAAGACUCCUAAAGCCUGUAUGGACUUAACAGAGGCGAUUAAGGGCACAUAUAUAUUUACACACACACACACACACACACACACACACACACACACACACACACACACACACACAUACAAUUAAGGGAAAUCACUGUAAAUAUCUAAGAGGUUCUGGAUUUUUCUGUGGUGACAAAAUCCAACAUGCUUCUGACAAAAGUGCAUUGUGUUUCUCACAAAAGCAUCUUUCUACUCAUUCAGCUCUCCAAUCUGUUCCCACCACGUAGCUUUCUUUUCCUCAGUCCCUCUUUCUCUUGCUGCUUUAUUUCAUCCUGCCAGUAUUUCAGUAUUUUCUACUCUUUUCACUUUGUUUUCUUCAGAAGUUUGAAUGUAUAUUUUCUACAUGAUUCCUGAAGUAGUUGGGACCAAACCUUUUUGUACCCGUCUGUCUGUGACUUGAGAAAGAGGGAGAGGAGGGAUUGACAAGUCCAGGCCUUGUGUUACCAUCAACAUCUUAGUCAUUAAAUCUUGUACAGGUGGAUUGUUGGCAGAAAUCUGACCUCAACGUUUAUCUUCAGUGUUCAACGUUUAACAGAGCAUUAUGUAAGGCUUAGCUGGAUAUCUGUCAUGACAUUUUCUCUUUACAGUGUGUCUGCAGGACACAAGUGUCACUCUGUUUUAUCAACAGAGGUAUUUGAAUGGGAUUAAUUGGAAUCACAAACAUCUCUUAUGUGAGUGGGCUCAGAUUGAUAGAUUCAAGCUGGGAGAGAGCCUCCUCCUCCUCCUCCUCCUCCUCCUCAGCUUCAUCUGUUGCACAGUUUCUAAGAAUAUUUUAUUUUUCUUUUAAACAAAGAGGGGCAGAACAACAAAAGAGGUUCAAAUUGAAUGGACAGACAUGAGAAUAAUAUCAUCUGAAAUACAGAAGCAAAUCAGUGGAUUGCCAGAAUUUGAAUCUAUUGGCCUAAUGAGACUAAUCCCAAAUGUCAGGCUUCCUGGACUGAAAAAAAAUGCUGCGAGUGAACGUAAUCCAGCUGGUAAUUACAUCUUCUAUUUCUAUUUGGCCAUACAGUAUAUCAUUGCUUUGGAGACAGGGUUUUGUUAUAUGGAGAGAGCAUAAAGUUAAAACUUCAGCACAAGAUGUUCAUGCAUCUUAAUAUUCCAGUCAUAACUGUCUGUGCAGAUGGGUAAAUGGAGCUGAACUUGCAAAAUACUGCAAAAACCUAAGUAUCUAAUCUGGCUCUUUAAGAUUUGUGUCAAAACCUUAUACUUUUAAAUGGAGUAUUGUACUUAACAUGUGCCAACACUUAAAAUUUGUGAGUACUCAGAGCAGUACUGGGAUAUAAAAUGUGCAGAUGAAUGCAUUCACUAAGAUGCUUUUGAGAAAUGGGGCCUUGGCUUUGUGUCAGCUCCCUCCGCAGAGGAAAACACUCAGCAAAGUCAAUAAAAAAAACUUGAGUCAGAAGAUUGUGAUACACAACACAAACAUUUUUAGACAUUUUAUGAGGAAUGUCGGCAGCAAAGACAUGGAUCGCUAUAUCUGACUUAAUUAAAGAUAAUUGGGCUGAUGGUAUCACAACAAAACUCAGUAUUAUUGUCCAUCACAAUCUCCAUAUUUUCCGCAGCAUAUGUAUUCAUCUGCUGUGACAGCUGCCUGAUGUCUGUCUGAUUUCUCCUUGUGAGUGUAGUAUUUUUGCUCUACAGUAGCCAGCAAGAACAAACUCAGACAAAGUGAUUCUGUAAAUACUAAGGGCAUGCAAAGACAGUUCUGUUUUGUUUCAGAUGAAAGUAAUUUUAUUUACAUAUCAACAAAGGUGAAAAAAAAGAAGAAAAAAAAGACAUUUUUGAACUAUGUUAUGACAUCAUACAGUACCGAUAUGUGUUACGACUACAAAAACUGUGUUACUACUCUGAAUGUGUGAGUGACCAUUCCUAUUCAAAUGUCUUGUAAUUCAACAAUAUAAUAAUAAUAAUAUUAAUAUGAUUAUUGUGCCAAAGGGGUUAGUGUGGGUCUAGCUUACUAGCUUGUGGGUAAAUAAGUGGUUUCAUAAAAAAACAGAAAAAAAUAUAAAUGUAAAACUGUUUCUAUUGUUUUGGAUAUUUUCUAUAUAAAUAUUCCACAUUUUCCAGUGUAAAAGCAAUAUUAUCCAUACGUAUACAAGGUGCACAUCUGAGGGGGUUUCUUAAAUCAUAAUCAAAGUUUUAGAUUGUUGUUCUUUUUCAUCCUUCUGCAAUUUGUGGUGGACAAUUCAACGGAGGAGAUGGCAGGUAGAGAAGUUGACGUCUUUCUUUGCAUUUUCUCUGAAUCUUUAUGUGAUGAGAGGGACACGUAAUCAUUUCUCGUAACAUAAGAUGGUGCGAUUCCCUGAUUUUGCAGUGCUAUCUUCUUGACAUGUAGUUCCACAUUUCCCACCGUGUAUUCCUGGUUCAGCCUCUGAUCUAAACUUUUAGUCACAGUCCAAUUAACCAAUGACAUAGCUGCAGUGUGAGGUACUUCAGGGGCUGAUCUGUGUGUGCCAUUAAUUGGUUUUUAAUUGUUUUUGUUUUUUUUAAGUGUUCCAGUUAAUUAAGACGCAAACCUGGUCUGGUGUAGAUACAGCAUGUCUCUACAACUCAGAGCAAGACUAUGUGGGGGAAAAAAAUCUAUGUGGAUACGCACAAUCAACAUCUGAGAUAAUUGUACAGAGACUUUUGCUCAUGAUAGGGAUAGAAAUUUACACCUGAAAAAAGCAUGAAACAAGAACUGUCGGUCAUAAGUGUUGACAUAAAUGGUUCCUGUCUCAAAGUGCUGUCUGUGCAUCAUUACCUCCACGUCUACUUGUGUAAUUUAAACAAUCUGGGCUCUGACCUGUUGUCAAAAAAUGAAGGAGUGCUAUUGUUGAGAUGUUGCUGAGGAGGAGAGCUGCUGUCACUGACAGUGUUUAAAACAUGCUGAGAGAGUAACAGAAAGCUUGCUUCAGCACUUCGGCUGCGUGUUAUCAGCCCCCUGGGUGAGGCUCGACAGUUGUGUACUACCUCUGCAGAAAAAGACAGGAUCAGCUCUUACAUCUACCGCUAUCUUAUUCUCUUUAAUGCUUCAGUUCUGUGACGUCUUAUAUUACAGCCACGCAUGACCAAUAAUACGUAGCAGCAGGCUUAUUUUGAACAGGAAAAGUUAAACUAACAGAGACAUGGCUUCAUUUAAAAAAAAAAAAAAAUGCAGGUAUUGAUUUUUUUAAGCUCAACAUAAACUCACUGAGCCACAGGGAGAUCGAAUUUAAUCUGUCAUCUACUGUAGCAUUUUUAUAAAAUACGAUUUCAGGCCCUCUUUGCAUUUGAAUCCAAUCUCCUUAGUUGUCAGGGACUUUUUCUUUUUUUUUCUUUUUUUUUUAAACCUGGUGGAGAUUUAAAAAAUACCCAGUAUGGAAACGAAAGAAGUCAAGUUAAAGUACAGGAGUGAUGCAGAAGGCAGAGUUUGUUGACAGACUGCGAGCUUUCUGCGAUAGUACCAUUGCUCAUUGCAUUUUAAGCCUACCUCAAGGAUCAGAAAAAGCUACCACUCACAUUAAUCUGGGGUUGAUCUCAGUCACAGAUAUUUCCCCUCGUAUUCUAGCCAAAACAUGAUGGUUAUGAGUAAAAUCUUAUCCUCUCCAGGAAGGUGAUCUCUUGAUGACGUCCACCUAAAAUGCUGUCGACUGACUUAUUUUCCUAAAUGCACUCUAAAGAAUUGGAUUGAUAAUCCCUGCGCUCAAAAAUACUUUUAAUCCAAGCAUGCUCAUCUGCUGUUGGGAGAGAAAAAGACACAAGGUCAUUUAUUUUAUACCUUUUUGAAUGAAAAUAUAAAACCAGCCCACAGUCCAUCAAGGGCUCCCUCUUUUCUCUCAAUCCUUAAAUCCUGGUUUAGGGGCAGAUAUAUACGUAAUCAUAGGGCUCUGUCACACAUUUGUUAGCACUGUACACAAGCCUGGGUUUAAGGAUGCAGUUUGUAAUUUGUGGAAAGCUGCAUCUGUGGGCAGAUUGGUGAUUGGUGACUGAAGGACCCAGAGUAUCACGAAACGUUUAAUUUUGGGCUCCAUCAAUCUGACUGUCAGUGCUGUGUGAUGGAUCAGCCUCUCCCCCCUGUCCUGCUUGAAUAUUUGUUUGAUUUGAUACAGAAAACCGAACUAUGUUUACUGUGUAAACACUGCAUAGGCAUAUGGUUGUAUGCGCUGUAAGGACAGGCUGGGAGAAGUUUGUUUUGUCAGCCCGCUGUCACAGGCUCUCACAUAAUUAUUAUAAUGUGUCAUGAUGAUGGACACCUUUGUGAGUGUAAUUUUGUAGAUAUCACAAAUCUCCUCUUACCUUUUAACAGUGUUAAUGAAGUGAGUAAAUCACAGCAUGUUUAUGCGAGGUAAUAAGAGUGUUGUCCUAAACCACACCCAGACUCUCUGCCCUCUACCUGCCAAGCGAUAAAUCCAUUUAUGUUAAUGCCAUUCUCAGUGUUUUUAUUUUUCUCGCACACAAAUCAAACUGAUAAGCAGAAUGAAUAAAACCCUAAUGACACCCAUUAUGGAGUAAAUAUUGAUAACUGAGGAUCGACACCUGGCCCUGCUGCUGUUGAGAAUGGCACAUUCAGACUGAAACGUGUAUUUACACUUGAUGUGCAGACUGAGGCAAAAUGUACUCUAUAGACAGUACCUGCGGUGUCAGCACAAACUAAAGGCGUUUACACUCUCAUCUAAAUUGUACACAACAUUGUAAAAUGUCUGCAUACCGGAUGAAUCCACUUUUGCCGCAGACGGUUUAAUGAAACUGACAACUAGAUGUCUUAAAAAAUCAUCAGUAUUUUUGUAAGUUUGUCUGAAGCUGCUGAUUUGAAUGUUGCUUUUUAUAACAAAGUAAAGAGCAUGUGUGUGUUUUAAUAUGCGGUGGUUUCCUCAGCCAAUAGAUUAAAAUGAUUUAGGUAGUCGGAGUAGGUUAUAUAGUGCAGAGGAGGUGGAGUUAAGUUCUGUAUUAUAUUGAUUACAAGUAAGAGAGGAGUUUGUGUUAAUUUAUUUGACUUCAGGAUUUGAGAGAAAAUGGAAUAACUUAUUAAGCAGGUCUGUGUAUGUCUGUAGGGCAUUAUUGUUUUGCAUACAGAGCAGGCGCGUUGCAGAAUUUACAGUAUUGUGUAUUGAUGGUUUGUGAAAUAUUUAGUUGAAAAAAACCCCAACUCAUAUUUCUAAAAUCCCAUAUUUCUAUUUCUAAGAGUAUUAAACCAAACUGAGCUGUGAUAUUACACCACAUAACUCAGAGGUAUCCAUUGCAGGGCAUGUAGUUGAUUUUCUUUUGAACAUGGUUUCAUGCUGUGUUCUUUUUAUACUCUUCAUAGUCCUGCUGUGGACACAAACCCAAAGGAAAUCUCCAUUAAUACCCAUACUUUAAAUUCUGAUAAGAUUCUAUUUUGUGUUUGACAGUAGUUUGUUAGAGAUGGAUCGAUAAGGAGAUGAAUGUUGCCUAGAAGUGAUGUUUACAUUCUUACUGAGAUAAUCGAGAUUAUCCCGUUUAAUUACUGAUUUCAGCUGUUGUGAUAUUCUACAAGCUUGUAAGCAAAUGUGCGUGUUUUGCGUUUUUUCAGAAACACUGAGGCAAAUGAUCUGAGAAGAACACAAAUUUGACUUAUUGUCAACAAAUCCAACUCAUCUGCAUAUAAAUUAAGGCGCCGUGUUCCAAUCUGCUUACAACACUGAUUUAUAAAAACCUUAAUACGACCAAGCUCAUUGGAGCGGUUAUUUCUUCAUUUUGAUGAAAAGAAAAUGAUGAUGGGUUACUAUACACAUAAUUAAAAGGGGAGUGGAAUGAGCUGAAUCCCCUAUACUGAGAGUGCAGAAUGUAACAAUGUAUCUUGAUUUAUUUAUUGACUCCAGGCAGAAAAUGGCUAAAUGUUAUACUAGUUAUUUAUUUAAAAAAUAACCACAAAGUCAGGCUUGAAUAGCAGCGUAUCCUCCACAGACUUGGUGGUGUUUUAUCACAGCAUUGUUAACAUAGGCUCCUCCACUCAGUGCCAACUUUUUAUUUUAAGUGCUACUGCAUUUUUUAAUUAUUAUUUUUUUUACACACGGGUGGAUAACUACUGCACUACAGAAAUUUUGAUUAAACUGGUGAAAAUUAAAAUGACAUAAAUAUAUGUAUUGUAAACUGCUUAUCAAUGGCAUUUUCUAAAGGAGGCCUUGUAGUGUUUAUCCACCCUUAGGGAUAUUUGAUAGUUAAUGAAUUACUUUGAAUGAACAUGACUUUUAAAGCUUUGUGGUUUGUUUUUCGCUUUUUGUUUCCCUCUGAUGUUCAGAACUGUAGAAUGUAAUUUGACGCUUUAUAUUGGUGUGAUAAUGGAAGAUGGUUUUAUAUUUGGAUAUUUAAUUCUCUAUUUAAUAUUUUCACUCAGCUUUGUGAAAUGUGCAAUGUGAGAAUAUAUGGCUCUAGCUGUUUGGAAAAUACAGUAUGUUUCUAAGUGGCUUUUUAGUGGGGGGUUGUAGACGUCUACUUCAGGCAGAUUUUUAUGUUCGAUUACUGUUUUCACCCACAAAUUAGCUUUAGACUUGCCUCAGGCUUUAUAAAAUGGUUUAUUCCCAGAAAGGUUUGAUAUUUAAUGCAUCUAAAGGAUUGUACAUUGUUUGUCACUGACACUGGGGCCUCGUUCACAGGCUUUCUGGGCACUCCCAACAGACCUGGCAGUUGUUUUUGCCAAACAAAGUUCUUCUCAUCUCCCAAUUAAUGAAUCUUUAUCUUCUCAAUCCAAAUUGGCCCACAGUGAUGCCUGUGAAGACAGCUCUCUGGGCUAAUCUGUGGCCAUUGGGAACAGUAAAGAGAACAGAGAGUGGGCAGUUUUAGCAGGAUGCUCCCUCUACCUUUAAUAUAACUACACAGUGUUUUGUCAAAGGACACAAGAAACGAGUCCAGAGCGAGGCUUCACAUCAUCUGUGGACGUGUCUUUUUUGUUGUUGUUUUGGAGCAAUAAAAAAACACAUUUAACAUUGCAUGAUUAAAGAACUAGCCAAUAAAUAUGCUUAUUUAUCUGCUAUGAAAUUCCCCACAAAAUUGUGGGUAUAAUCCAUAAAUAUGGUUCAUUAUUGUCGGUGUGUAUCGUAGGUGAUGUUUUCGGGGGUUGAUACCACACAUGCUGUAAGACCAGAAGUAUCAGCUGGCAAAAAAAUGUUUGAUUAAAAACAACUUCUCAUGAUAUUUCACAGCACUGUUGUCCUUUGUAUCCCAUAGGGCUGUUUUACUCUGAUUCCUCUGUUCUUGCUUUUCUCGCUUUGUUGUAAGUGGAAGGAACUCAUGAACAAAGAAGAGAUGCAAGACAGGAAGUGCAGAUGCAUUAAUGGGAUCUGAGAAGAACCUCAAGCCUCCAGAAGCCUGUGCAAAAGGGAAAACAGUGAGCACUAGAAGUCAGACGAGCAUAAGGCAGCUCUAGCUCGCUGCACAUCCAUAUUACCAGGAUUUUAUAACUGUGUUGGGUAAGGAAAUAGAUUCAGUCUUUUGUUGAGCACUUAUUCCUCUCUCCAGAAAUACUGUGCUGCCACAGCACUUUGCCAUUAACAGGUGUAUUUUUAAAAGUCACCAUAGCUUGACUCACUGUCAAACUCUCACUCACAGCACCAAGACAGAGCUAGAGUAGCCCUCUUAAAAUGGAACAAAAACAUCACAGGGCAUUUGUGUAUUCUAGAUGAAAUGGUUCUCUUUGUGUUUUUCUCUUACUGGGAUCUAAUCAACAGUUCGUGGACCCUCUGGUUAGUGUGACUAGCAUACAGCAGUGCUGUAGAGUGGGAUAUGGUGUGGGGGCGAAAACCUAACAAAGAAAGAAAAGGUUUUGUUUUUUGUUUUCUUUUGCCAUUGAUAAAUCAUUGUGUAAGUGUACUACAGAGUACCUUUGAAUCAUUAUUGAAAUCAUUAUUAAAAAACUCUGAUUAA